AUGUCAUCUCCCUUUGACAAACUCCCUAUGGAGGUUAAGGUGGCGAUCCUGGGCUACCUGAUCCCUCCCAUGUGCAACCCCAUGAACUACGGGGUCCACCCUCAGGCAGCUUACGCCACCGUAGGAAACUUCAAGCGUGUGUCCAAGGGUUUCGAGGAAGUAGUUGAUGCGAUCCACUACAUCAAGGCCAUCGCAAUCGCUGAUGGGGAAAUCAAGUUCACGAUGAAUCCCAUCCAGGACGAUCUCGUGGUGUUCUGGAUGGCCAUACCAAAGCCACUUCCCAACAGUUCCUGGAUUCGAUCCACGAAGGCGGCUGGCUUUGAGGUGGAUGACGACGCGCUUCCCAUUCGUCGUCUGAUCGUUUCCAAUCACUAUCCCAUGCAGCCCCGGUCUCAGGACCCCCUAGGUUAUGUCUCCCGAACCAGCCGAUCUCAAUCCGUCAAGAACACUCUUCGCUGGAAGAACGAGCCUUUCGAGACCGACCUUCCUAUGUUCGCUCGCUUCCCACUACUCAAAGAAGCCGUCGUUUCGGUAUCCAUGAUGUCCCGAUUGUGGCACAUCUCCGGUUUCCAAAUGGAGGGACCAGAUGUUGAGGCACCGCGCCCGAACGGCGAGACCUGGGGAUUCAACCGCGUUGGGUCUUACAACGCCGCUGCGGCACGAUAUUUUGAGGCCAAGGGCAUCCAGGCCGACACUGGAAUUACCUGGGAGUUCCCAACCUCAGUUUUUAGAGCCCACCAUGCGACUAUUGUCUCGGAGCCAGAAGAUCUCCAUCCGCGUGUUGGUGAGCAUGGCGCCUUCAUUUUACCUAAUGACCUACCAUUCAUUGGGCUGCAUGGGUAUAGCCGUGGAACCCGCUCACUUGGAGGAAAGUGGGCUGGCUUCCGAUACCAUACCAGAACCGAAAAGGUUCAAUUUUCACCACUCGCGUGGCAUGAAGUUGAGCCGAUCAUCGAUCAGCUGGGAGACGCCCCCUCGGCUGGUCAGUCACUGCCCAAUGGGCAUCCACAGUUUAUCGCGCGUGUGUGGAUGAUUCGCGAGGGAGACGAACCCAAGGACGAACCACAUCAUUGUUGGAUGGAUGUGAAGGAGCCCAAGAGGAACGACGCGGACGAGCCCUGGGAGCAGGAAGAGCCAUAUGUGGAGCAGAUCGCCAUCACCUAG